GUAAAGCUUUUUGAAAAAGCAGCUUUUUUGAAAAUCUCCAAGAUUCAUAAUUCAGGACUGGUAUUGAAAAAAAUAAGACCAAUAGAAUCAUAGGUAAAACCUCCUGUGAAGAAACUGCAGAGAGUGAGAGAACCACAUACCAAACAAAAAGAAAAUGAUAGCGGAAACUCACCUUUCGCAAAUGAACACAUACGACCUUCAAAUCGGCGGCGUGGAGGUCAAGACUCGAGUGCUCGACGACGCAAAGCUUGUGCAGGCAGCUCUGGCAGAGCUGGGGGUCGGCGGCGACGGCGGAGCACAUCCCAUCGUCGGGCUGGACGUGAAGGUAUCCUCCAAUCUGUUCGGAUGGCGUAGAAAAUGCGAUCUGUUGAUCCUAUGCGCCGGAUCCAACUGCCUAAUCCUGCAAUUGAAUCCCAUGAGAGGCCGAAAUAAUGCCCUUCGAAGAGUCGCUGAUUUCCUGAGUUUUAACGAUGCUUCUUUCGUGUGUCCCAAUGGAUUUAGAAAGAGGACUCGUGGGCUCCCGUUGUUUGAAUACGCUGGUGAAACCAUUAUGAUGUUGGGGUCUUUCGGAUGCAAAUCCCGAAACGCGGGCUUUGAGUGCUCGGAGAUUGGGGCCGUUGAGGUGGGUGAUUACGCCGCUAGGGCUCUGAAAAACCCCAAGCUUCUCAAGUGUAAAUCGUCCGACAAACUGGGGGAGGAAGCAGGGGUGGACCUCACUACUGAUUCUUCUGCAAAACGGCGACCAAAGUGGGAUUCUAAGGUUUUUUCCGAGGAGGAAGUUCUACAUGUUAUGCAUGACGCUGUGGCCUGCUACCGUAUUGUCCACAAGCUUCUCCAUGAAUAAUAAUUUCGCCAGUCACCAAUCUUGUUUGUCUUUGUCGAUCCACAAUUUCAAGUAAUUUUUAUUUGUUAUGGACUAUGGAGUAUUACUGCGUAUAUGUUCUGGUUAUUUUAUUGUCUCAUCUCUAAUUUCGUCUGUCGUUUAUGUUUCUAUUGUGGCCGGUUAUGGCAUUCUUAGCCAUAUCAUGUUGAAUUAUGUAUGAUCUUGUAAGUAAUAUAGAAUGUGUUUGGCAGUGUCUCUUUUCGGGUAAUCAGAUUUAUUUAUUGAGUUCUUUAUGAAUCACUAAGACCAUUUGUAC